AAGCAGAAGGGCCCGACAGAUCAGCGGUGACCCGCGAUUGGAUUGACGCGCUGGAGGUGGACAACGAGUCGUCGUUGUUCACGGAGCUGGAGCGGACGGAGAAAAUGCAGACGAAGAUGGAGACGCAGACGGAGGUGCCCGCCCCCGUCAAGGUGGACUCGCGGGUCUUCGUGCCCACGUUCUCGGUGCGAAUCGACCAGCAGCGAUCCGGGCGUCGGCCUCCAGUCGGACCCAACAGCAACCUGCUCGUGGGUCCGCCCGGCGUCCUGAUGGCCGGGCCGCCACCGCCGUCCCGCGAGGAGCGCGUCGGGAAGUCCAAGCGGAAGACACGCUCGCCCGCGACGAAGCAGCCCGACCCGUCAAUUUCCGACACGCGACGCGCCAGCGCCGCCAAGCGCCAGCGCGUCAAGGGCCGCUUCGUGCGCGACUCGCACGCUUUCGUCUCCAUCACCGCGCUCCAGCAGUGAGUUCCUACCUGAGCGUCCUUUCAAUCUCAAAUGCAUUAGUGUUCCAUCUUC